ACAAGGUGGGCAGCGCGCCGUAAGGGUUGACUAAACCCCCUUGUGUGUCAGCUGCGGGAUUCGAACCCGCGACUCGUCACCGACCCAAGUGGGCGAGGCUCAAAUCGGGACUUAUCUACCAGCGAAGUGACCAACUACACCAGCCGACGGUUGAAAUAUACACCGCGCUAGAUUCGCUACGCAUCAUAUCCCUUCCCGCCCUGAGCUUCUCCACUUUACUUUCUAUCAUCUGUACGCAAGUAACGAUCGAACGCAGGACGUAGCGCAGACUGAGAUCACGCCGAUCCAAUACGAACCAGAUUUCCCUUUCAAAUACAACAACUUCGUCUAUCGCCUCUCGCUUCCCACCGACGUCUCAGGUGUUCUUGGAGAUGCCGGCCACGACCACAAGCUCAAGCAGCCAGGCUGCGUCCCCAUUCCAGCAGGGACCAAGGAGCUCAUUCUACGUUUGAGCAACCCGGACGCUGAGGGUAUGCACCAAAAAUCGAGAGUACAGAACGAGGUUGGCAUCCUCACCCUCGCCUCGGCUGCCUUCCACCAUAUCAAGCCCACCGUGGUCCCUCGCGUUUUCGGCUGGGGUGGCACUAGCGCUGCCCCUGAGCAUAUGGGUUGGAUCCUAGAGGAAUCGAUGCCCGGCGUACCACUUGUCGAGGCGUUUCGUUCUAUGUCUCUUGAACAGAAGAAGGGGAUCCUAGCGCAGAUGGUCGCAUUACUCAAGGGGCUGCAGAGUUACGAGCUUCCUGAAAGUAUCCGAGGCUGGGGAGGCGUAACAUUUGAUGACAAUGGCGCCAUCGUCAGCGCAGCUAUGACUACUGUCGGUGCUGGACCGUGGUCUUCUUUCGAAGACUCCUUCAGAGCUCGCUUGAAAAUAGCACUUGCCAAAGCCGACAAGAGUCCGCAUCUACAGGGAUGGCGUCCCAACGGCGUCCGAAAACGCGUUGAUGCUUUCAUCGAGCAAGGCCUAGCGGCGCAAUUCGACGGCUUCACGUCAAAGCAUGACAGGGCUAUUAUACAUGCCGAUUUCACUACCGAUAACCUGCUCUAUGACCCCGUAACGGGCCAUAUUACGGCACUUCUCGACUAUGACUUCGCCAGUAUCAUGCAUCCUGCUUACGAAUUCUUCCGCUCUUUUUCUGGCAACGGCGGCCAGCUUACUGGCUGGUUAGGUGACACGACUAUACAAGAAAAAGAGUCGGCAGCUAUUCGAAAUGCCAAACUUUCCGGCCAGUUUCCUUCGCCUCUCCCAGCUCCGGUGCCGUCUGAAAAUGGCCCAGGUCUUGAUUGGGAACUUGCUCAAGCUUGGGAAGACGAGCUGCAAAAGCUAGACGCAAAACGACCCAGCACAAUGCAAGGGGUUGACAGAGUUGCGAACGUCGACGAGAUCUUGGGUGCUCUAGUACCUUGGAGAUUGGCCAAUGAGGACUUUUUGAGGAUGAAUGCAGAUGAAGAUACGAUAAUGGCGCUGAGACGCAUAGGUGAGAGGCAGCUUGUGAGCUUGCUAGAUCAUGUGGGGUUCUGAACUAGAGUAUUUCUAAGAAGAAAUGAAGGCGCAAAGAUAGAAUUUCGACGGGAAUAGAACGUGGAUGAACGAUGGUAAUGGUAU